CUCUCGCACGCCACCAGACGACAGACUCUGAACUCUCCCACAUCGCUGACCUACAUCUCCCGGCAAUGGACUCCAAAAUGGAGCAGUCAAAAAAGACUGCAAGCGACCUUCCGGAACUCCAAUCCACUAGCAGCGUAAACAGCAUCGACAAUGUCGGCCAGGUCCAGAAUGUCAACACUCUCCGCCGCUCACUCACCAAUCGUCAAAUACAAUGGAUUGCAAUUGGAGGCUCCAUCGGCACAGCUCUAUUCGUCACCAUCGGAUGGGCAUUGCUAGAGGGGGGCCCAGCCUCGAUGGUAAUAGCCUUUCUCUUCUACAGCAGCAUCAUCGGCGCAAUCAACAGCGGCAUAGCCGAGAUGGUCGUAUACAUGCCAAUUUCUGGAUCUUUCAUCCGGUACGCAGGGAAGUGGGUGGACGACGCCUUUGGAUUUGUCGCCGGCUGGAACUUCUUCAUCUAUGAAGCGAUCCUCGUACCGUUCGAAAUAUCCUCGCUCUGCAUGGUUCUCACAUACUGGAGAGACGACAUUCCCGUGUGGGCCGUCUGCUUAGCCUGUAUCAUCCUGUACGCAGUGAUCAAUUUCGCGGCAGUUCACUGGUACGGAGAAGCGGAGUUUUGGCUCUCGUCCGGAAAAAUCCUUCUGAUCUUCAUCCUCUUCUUCUUCACUUUCAUAACCAUGGUUGGCGGAAACCCUAGCGGUGACGCAUACGGAUUCCGCUACUGGAAAAAGCCCGGCGCCUUUGCCGAGCACAUCGCCACUGAGUCUCUUGGCCGAUUUGAGGGUUUCCUAGCAGCGCUAUUCAAAGCGUCUUUUGUGAUAUGCGGUCCUGAGUAUGUUUCCAUGGUUGCCGGUGAAGCCAUAUAUCCCCGCAUCACAGUCAAAACGGCGUUUAAGACAGUGUACUGGCGAUUAGGCUGUUUUUUCGUCCUGGGCGCUUUGUGUGUCAGUAUAAUACUGCCUUACAACGACCCAACGCUUGAAAGUGUCCUCAACUCCGACAAGGGCUCUAGCGGCGCGGCAUCACCUUACGUUAUUGCUAUGCAAAACCUUGGAGUCAACGGUCUCCCACACUUGGUGAAUGCGCUGCUUGUCACCACCAUUUUCUCCGCUGGCAACACGUAUUGUUUCAUGGCUACGCGGUCACUGUACAGCUUGGCCCUUAACAAGCAGGCACCAAAAUUCCUCCUGGCAACAAACAAAACCGGAACUCCUUACUGGUGUUUGGUUGUCGCAAUGGCGUUCUCGUUCCUAAGCUUUCUGCAAGUGAGCAGCGGCUCUGCGCAAGUUAUUACGUGGCUCGUCAACCUGGUCACUGCCUCCCAGUUGCUCAACUACGCCAUGAUAGGGAUGACGUACGCAUGCUUCUAUAACGCUCUGAAAGCGCAGGGCGUUGAUCGGAAAACUCUGCCAUAUCGAGGUUGGGGCCAGCCCUACGUCAACUAUUUCGGCUUGACCUUUGUCACUGUCAUCGUACUCAUUCAAGGGUACACCGUCUUCCUCCCCGGUCGCUGGGACAUUGGCAGCUUCUUCACCUAUUAUACGAUGGUGUUUGUCUGUGCAUUCUUGUUUGUGGCCUGGAAGCUCAUUAAAAGGACCAAGUUUGUGCGCUCUAAAGAUGCAGACCUUGUGUGGGAAAAGCCGGUUAUCGAUGCCUACGAGGAAAGCAUAGACCCGCCCGUUGGAUUGUUGGAGGACAUCCGUUCUUCACUGGUUUCUGCCCUACGCAUCAAAGUGAAAAAGCGAGACACGGAUAGUGGUGUUUGAGUUGACGACAGGUCUGUGAGCCCAAGGCGACACGAUGACGAACUUAGAAAUGAAACGGCCGCAAAUACCCCCAAUGCCAUGCAACAUUAUAUUCGCC